AUGGCACUCACCCACGCCUACAUACGGGCGACGAAGGGGACCGAGAAGCCCGACGCCGCGUCGCCGACGACCCUGCUCCAGAAGGUCAACGACGCGCGCCGCGCGAGCGAACCGGGGCUGCCUCCGGGCGACGAGGGGCAGCCCCGGGGCGACGCCGCCGCGCCCCCCGCGGCGCCCGACGCCGCCGCGGACGACGACGAUCCCGGGGCGGCGGGCGUCAAGCCGCCGCACCGGAGCUCGCUCCUCGCGGCCUUCGUCGACGUCGUCGGCGAUCCCGGGUACGAGGAGACCAAGGAGGCCGAGCGGGACGACCGCGUGCACGCGCACGCCGCGGUCAUGGACGAGAUCGCCGGGGCGACCGAGGCGGAGGAGGACGCCGCGGAGGAGGACGCCGCGGAGGAGGAGGCCGCCGCGGAGGAGGAGCCCGUCGCGGAGGAGCCCGUCGCGGAGGAGCAACCCGUCGCGGAGGAGGAGCCCGUCGCGGAGGAGGAGCCCGCCGCGGAGGAGGAGCCCGCCGCGGAGGACGCCGCGGCCGCGGCCGCGGAGGAGGACGACGCCGCCGCCGCCGAGAAAGACGCGCCGGCCGCGGAGGAGGAGGCGGAGGUCGCCGCGGGGGAGGAGGCGCCGUCCGGCGCGGCCGCGGAGGACGAGUCGGCCGAGGAGUCCGAGGAGGAGGACGGGUCCGGCGAAGACUCCGAGGAGGACUCGGACGAGGAGGACUCGGACGAGGAGGAGGAGGGCCACGUCGAGUACGACAGCGACGGCCGGCCCUUCGUCUGGCGCUACGACGCCGACGGCAUCCGGCACAAGCGGCGGCCCGGCGAGGACAGCGACGCGAGCUCGGACGAGGACGAGGAGGAGAGCGACGACGACGCGGAGGAGGAGGAGCCGGAGCCCGUCGAGGACGAGGCCGGGCGGGACCUCGUCGAGAUCGCGGCCAUCGACGACCGCGAGCUCCUCGACUACAGCGACCUCCAGACCUUCUCGCACCUCUUCAAGACCGUCGACGUCGACAAGAAGGGCGCCGUCAAGCACGCGGCCAUCGGCGACCACUUCACGCCCCUGACGAGCCGGGGCAUCAACCCGUCGCAGGUGCGCCAGGUCUUCGAGUGCGCGGACCGCCACAGCGCCGGCGAGGUCACCAUGGAGCAGUUCCUCGACUUCAUCGGCGGCAAGCCCCCGUGGUACCGCGACUGGCUCCGCCACGUCGCCGACACGCAGCAGGCCGCGUUCCUCGGGGGCAUGCGCAUCGGCGGCUAA